UGUACACUCACGCACAGUAAUGCAACGAUUCGUAUGAAGGUAAGUCAUUCAAUGGAUGCAGCGACCAUCUUCGUUUGAGACUAUUUCUAACAAUACUUACACCAUUUUUGGGAUUCCUCUGUAGUACGCGGUUACGUCAAUGACACAACUAAAUGUUAUUCUGUGCUUCUAUACACUUCUUAGUCCGUUCUUUCCCAUGUAGUAUUCCUCAUGGCAGAAAGCCGGCAAUCAGAUUUCAACGUGUAGCCACGUUACCAAAUCGUCUGCCAAUUCUAAACGUUCUCAUACCUGACACCUCGACGGAUUGUAACCGCCACGAUAGCAGUCCAUGUCCCGACUCCGUCCUGACAAAGACAAAUGUCGUCAAGCAUGGAACAAAAGCUGGGAAGAUGACCUCUUGGAUAGAUAUCCUCCAGGACGAAAACCUUCAAAUAUGAUCAGCGCCAUGUCUUCCCAGAGUAUUCGCUUUUUCAAGGAUACCGAAACCCUUCUAUCGUUACAGUUGAAACAGGACACCCGAACCAAGGAGAUAUGCACUCUUCAGCGAGACUUGGCCGAGGUUGCGGUAAAAGAUUUAAGCAACGACAACUUGGAGGAAAGGUGGAGAUCCUUAUCGCAACAGCGACGAGAAGAAUUAGUUCUCGAAGCGUUAUAUGUGACUUCCUGUGUUCCAAAUGGUAUGGAGGACUGGCGGAUAUGGUGUCCCGAAAUGACCGUCGCAACGCUUUCUGGAACAAAUGACAGAGACUUCAUCCACCUGCUGAAAAUGCUCCUUCCGGUCGAUCAAGUCAAAGAAACACUCAGCACUCCGCUGCUCCUGCCGAAUCCAGCAUUCGAAGAGCUGGUGAGGACCAAUGAUACUGGACUCAGAAAGUUAGCCAACAGAUAUCGACUGUCCAGAAGCUAUUUCAUCACCAUGACUGUAUGGAACAUCCUGAACGCAUUCUAUGGGUACAGGGAGCAGGUGCAAGUCGUGAAGCCGCUCUACCGUGACAACAGUGGGACCACCAAAGGCAUUUUACGCCAACUCAGGGGCCUCUAUAAGGAUGAAGGAAGGCUUCCCGAGUUUUCUGAGAUUCGGAACAAUUAUCUUUGCCAAAAAGAGGUUGUCAGUCUCCAAAACGCAUGCAUCCAUUGCAACCGCAUAGAAGAUGAUACGUCCGCCGAAGGAGAGCGUUUCCGAAUCUGUAGUAGAUGCAAAGCUGUGGGUCGAGUGGUGAGAUAUUGUUCAGUGAAAUGCCAAAGGGCAGAUUGGAAGGAGGGAUUCCCCAGACCUCACAAAGCCAUCUGCGGAAAAGUCGUUUUGGAAGCAGAGAAGGCGGACGAGAGUAUCCCGGAGACAAAGGACACCACGGAGCUUGAGAGUGGUAUUCCGCCCCCGGACCCGUCAUUCAAACGAUCCCCAGAUCUCCUACACCAAAUUUCUUUCAUCACCAAGCUCACACCUUGUGAUUACGUCUUCAUGCGACCACGUCCAUUUGAUGAUAUGGGUAUUGACAUCCCCGAUAUUGUAGAUAAGAUUGCGUUCACUGUUUUGCGGCGGCGAGCGAUGAUAAACGGUGAUCCUGUCGCCGUCCGAGGCAUGUAUUCCAUCUUGCGAAUCUACGCGCCACCUGGCAUUUCGGAAGAUGAGCUGAAGACACAGUUGAAGAAAGAAUAUGGCGUUGAUGUCGAUCUGCCUGGGGAGGACAUUCGGGAUAAAACGAUGGAUCCUCCUACCGAGGAAGAACGGCAAAUCGUUGAUGAGUUGGUGAGAAAGAAACUGAUGCAUCGGAAUGUUGAAGAUCCGUAUCCUCCCGCCGACACUAAAAAGGAGCUGAAAGUAACACAUCAAAGUAUUGAAGAAUCGUCUCCACCCGCUGACUCGGAGUUGAGGGUAGUAACAAAUCAGAAUGUUGAAGAGUCGCAUACACCCGCUGGUAUCGCAGUUAUAGUGUACAAAAAUUAUCUGCGUACAGGUACUUCAGGAGAUCAGCUAAAACAGGUACCCAUUUGACACACACCUAGUUGUUUCUCCAUCUCCCAGUACUUUCAUGCAUCCUUGUAGGUGUACCUGCAUCUACUAGUCCUUGUCAUUGUACUGUAACAAGCUGUUCGCA